AAGAGCAGCGACUAGGAGCCAGCAGACACAUACUGAUACGCAGCAGCGACCGUUGGAGGAGAGGGGGGAAAAUAAUAAAUAAAAUACAGAGCACGACUUUCUGAAAGUACGAUUCUGUCGAAUGAAUACGUUCACCGUGUUUAAAGAGACCAAUGCAUACGAUAUAUUGGCUGUAGACGCGCCGUGCAGACACCCCGUCUGGUAACGUUAGCUAUAAACAGUGAAGCGGUGCAAAGGGAGGAGGACAGGAAAUAAAGGAGUUACCUGGAGGGUCUCCGUCAAUCCACAUUUCAGUUGGAGCGAGAGAAAAGGGGACGGAGGGAGAGAGGGAGAAAAGCAAAGAGGAGUGCGCGCCGCCUACUGCUCUCGGCAGCUGUUCCAGCAGCCCGUUUCCGUGUUUUGGCUGUUGUUUCAUUCCCGCGUUACUUUUUUGGAUGAAUCAAAUAAUAUUUUUAACUUUAAUGUGAGAUAUAACUGCUGUAAAAAAAGAAAAAAAAGAAGAAAAAAAGAAGAAGAAAAAGAAAGAAAGCAUUAUUACUAUCCAGAGAGUUUUAUUUUGUUCCAUUGUUAAUUUCCAAGGUUUUUUUGUUUGUUUCCUUCUUUUUUUUAAAUGUUCAUCAACCCGUUUCGGCUGUGAGUAGCAGGAGCUUCCUUUCUCCAAACGACAGUCGAACCCCCUUCCUUCUCUAGUUAGGACCUGAUAAACUGGUGUUCCUCAAGCACCUGAAACUGGCAGCUAUUCUCUUUGUGUCUGUGUGUUUGGGGAGCUCUGUGACCACAGCGUAACACCACUCAGCCUUCUAGUCACCUAAGCCUAACUAAAGCCAGCCAGCCCAAGUCUGGUCCAGCCCAGUCCGGCCUGCUCGGAUCAUCUGGACAGGAUACUCAGUUCCGUGUGGACGUGAGGAAUAUGACUGCUGAGACUCUUAACUUCGGCCCAGAAUGGCUCCGUGCACUGUCCAGUGGGGGGAGUGUGACUUCCCCCCCUCCUUCCCCCGCCAUGCCAAAGUACAAGCUGGCCGAGUACCGCUACGGCCGAGAGGAGAUGUUAGCACUUUAUAUCAAAGACAACAAGGUCCCAGAGGACAUGCAGGAUAAGGAGUUUGCUGCUAUUCUGCAAGACGAGCCCAUGCAGCCGCUGGCACUGGUGGCACUCACCGAGGAGGAGCAGAGGAACUUCUCCAUGUCUGUGAACAGUGUCGCUGUGCUGAGGCUCAUGGGAAAAGGGGUGGGCGGGGCCGCCCCAGCUGGAGUGGUCCGAGGACGAGGGGUUGCACGAGGCGGUCGAGGACGAGGUCGCGGUGAAGGUGGAUUCUACCAAAGAACUAUUGAGGAACCCGAGGUUGGUUUUGGACGAGGCGUCCGAGAGAUACACCGCAGCCAGAGCUGGGAUGACCGGGGUGAGCGCCGAUUCGAGAAGCCGGUGCGGCGGGAGGUGGGGCGACCCGGCUUUGAAGAGGCCGUAGCUCCCGUGGUUCCGGGGAGGAAGGAGUACACAAGGGCCGACAGCGAUAACUGGCGCAUUCUCCGGGAGGAGCAGCAGGAGGCGGAGGAGGCGGCGGGGGUGGAGCCGGUGCCGGUGCCCAACUGGAGACUGACUGGACUCCGCAGGGAUGUCCAGUUUGACACUGAUGGCAGCCCAUUUCUUUUGGGAUUGUCAGAUGGUGGUCCUCGCUCAGCAGGCUGGCGGGAGCAUCCCGGCCCGGGAGAGAGUCGUCGUCGGAAGUUCGAUUUCGACUUCCGGGACACCGAGGGGGGUCACGGCGUUGGGGGCCGCCGGCGAGCAGGCAGUGAGGGAUUAGAGGAUGACCGGUCCGGUCUGCCCGAGUGGUGUACGGACGAUGAGGACGGGGAGAUGGGCACGUUUGACUCCUCUGGGGCGUUCAUGACCAUGAAGACGGGUGGGAAGGAUGUCAUCCUGGAGGAGGAGUUUGAGUUCAAGGGCAUAGAGGAGGAAGAGGAGGAGAGGGAGGAGGAGGAGGACAUCUUCGCUGACAUCGAGAGGAACAGCGCUGAAGGAGACAAAGACAAGGAGAGUAAAGAAGCCGGCUCUGCUGUCGGGGAGGACGAGACGAAGCGAGCGUCUCCCUCCUCCUCUCCCCCCGCCCCCCGACACGGCUCCCCUCCGUGUCUGGAGGCGCGGCCCGGCAACGCCGGCCCGGUGGUGGACAACCUGCAGCUGACCAACAGCCACGCCGCCAUGACCAGCAGCACGGCCAGUGAAGUGUCAGACAUCGUCACGAUAGGGGGCUUCAAGUUCCAGCUGGGCUCCGGCGGCUCCACCUCCUCCAGUCUUCCUCCCCCACCCCCUUGCUCCGCGGCUCCUUUUCUCCCUCCACCUGGAGGAGACGCAGAGGACGAUGAGGGCAUGAAGCACCUGCAGCAGGAGGCAGAAAAGAUGGUGGCAUCACUGCAGGACACGUCUCUGGAGGAGGAGUGCUUCACCCAGGCUCUGCAGCAGCAGGACUGCAGGAACACGGCGGCCGCUCUGCCGCUGUCACACGAGGCCGCCAUGAAGUGGUUCUACAAGGACCCACAGGGAGAGAUCCAGGGUCCGUUCACCACCGUGGAGAUGUGCGAGUGGUUCCAGGCGGGCUACUUCACCAUGACCCUGCUCGUGAAGCGGGGCUGCGACGAGGGCUUCCAGCCCCUGGGCGACGUCAUUAAGAUGUGGGGCCGCGUGCCCUUCGCCCCGGGGCCCUCCCCGCCGCCCCUGCUGGCGAGACAGCCGCCACCGACGCAGCGCUCGCAGUCCGCCAGGGGCUCUGCCGGGACGGGGAGCCAGAGCUCCGCCAACGUCGAGGACGGGGAGGGGAGGAUGCAGAGGAGAGGGAAGAUUGAUCGACAGGUUACGGGAAAUCUGGACCAGGACCGCCUGAAAAAGCAACAGGAGCUUGCAGCAGCAGCUCUUUAUCAGCAGCUCCAACAGCAGCAGCUAUUCCAGCUCAUUAACAGGUGCAGUGAGCAGGGUAUAAUGCCUUCGAUGAACAGGUCGAUGUCUGUGCCAGAUACAGGGUCCAUGUGGGACAUGCAUACCUCAGCUUCACAGCCGUCAGGCGGUGAAGCCAGUCUUUGGGACAUAACAAUGAAUCCUUCUACUCAGGGUCCGACUCUCGAACAGCUUCAAAAGCUCCAGCAGGAGAGGCGAGACGCUGAACUCAGGGCAAAGCGUGAAGAGGAGGAGCAGCGUAAGAGGAGGGAAGAGAAGAGGAGGCUACAGGAGGAGCAGAAGAGGAGGGAGGAGGAGGAGCUCUUCAGACGCAAGCAGUGUCGUCAGCAGCAGGAGCUGAUCAUGAAGUUGCUCCAGCAGACCCCCCAGCAGCAGGGUCCCGGUGCCAGUAGCUCGGGCUGGAGCGGGUCUCCCUCCUCCGGGCUAUCCAAGUCCGGGAAGCCCCCGGCUCUGGCUCUGCUCGAAAUGCAGCAGGAGGCGGAGCGGCUCCUGAAGCAGCAGCAGCAGCAGAGAGCGCAGCAGCGAGAGCGCCACUCCGGCCUGUCGAUGGGGAGCCCCUCCAUGGGGGGCCAGUGGGCGGACGGAGUCAGCAUGUGGGGCGGGAGUAUGGAGGGCAAGGGCGGCAGCGUGAGCUCUUCGGGCGGCAUGGGCAUGUGGGACGAGGCUGUGAAGAACCAGACCGGCCUCCGCGGCAACAGCAACAACAACAUGGGCUUGAAGAACAGCCGCAGCAGCCCCUCACUCAGUGAGCAGUACAUGAUGCGUCGCAAGAGGACGGAGGAGGAGGAGAAGCUGCUGAAGCUGCUGCAGGGCAUGAAGCCUCAGGACGGCUUCACAACCUGGUGUGAGCAGAUGCUUCACGCUCUCAACACCUCUGCCAACAACUCCUCCUCCUCUCUGGACGUUGCCACAAUUGUGGCAUACCUGAAGGAGGUGGAGUCUCCCUAUGCAGUGCUGGACUUCAUCCGGUCCUACCUAGGGGACACAGUGGAAGCCAAAGAGUUCGCCAAACAGUUUCUGGAGCGACGUGCCAAACAGAAAGCCAACCAACAGAGACAGCAGCAGCAGUUAUCAAAGGAAGUGGCUGGAUUGAACAUGAACUUCCCUCUGCAGGACUCCAUGCGUGGCAUGAACCCAAGCACCCUGCAGUCCAUGUUUCAAGCCAACCACAUGGGCAAGUCUGGUCUCUAUGACAACCAGGGGGGAAAGAUGAAGAAGAAACAGCCCAUGAUGCUGCACUCUGACCCCAGCAUCUUAGGGUACUCAUUCCACAACGCGGGCGAGUGUCUGAGCCUGAAUGAGAUGGAGAUGGUGGAGGAUUACUGAUGUGACGCAGCGCAGCAGCAAUAGCUACCUGAGGCCUUCUGUCUUUUAAUCAGACAAACCUGAUGACGAAUGUGCACUGCUGGGGGACCUGGGGGUGGGGGGGGGGGGGUCGCGUGGAUAGGAAGGGAGCGAGCGUGAGGGGAGGUGCAGCGGGGAGGCGCCUGGAUCUGCGCCUUCCACUCUUUCCUUCUCUCUGGCAAGACAGAUAAAAGGGCUCCCUGCUGCACCACUUGAGCGGGGGGGAGGAGGAGGAGGAGGAGGAGGGGGGGUGAUGUUAAAAAGGAAGAUGGGUAUCCUCUGGCACUCAAAAGAUUAAGCACCUUAUAUUGAACUAAUGCACUUUAUUGAGAUGGGAUUUGAAUAUUUUUUUGUUCUGUUGACGUGUGAAUGCGAGCGUGUCGGGAAUCGGUGCGCACAACCAGUGCGUGUCCACACCCACUGCGUGGGAACUGGAAGGGGGCGGUGAGGCAGUGGGCGGGGCGACCGGUCGGGCGGUGAGGUUUUCAAAGUCAGGGGGACCUUUUAGUUGAAACCUUAUCGGAGAGCAAAUCCUUUCUCGAAAGACAAACACUGUUGAUAUUUCUCUUGUUUAGCAUUUUUUUUACAUUUAUAUAAAAAGUAAAGCUAUUGAAAAAUGGAUGAUAAAAAAACUUGAAGAUUUGCACUUGCCUAAAAAAAGAAUAACAAAAACAACAAAAAAAUCAAACGAAUGGGGUUAGUUCUAGAAGUGACUAUUUGUGUGAAUGUGUGCGAUGGUGUGCGUCAGUGACGUACCCGUCUGCACAAGUAUUCUUUUUGUCAUUCUUUUGUUGCUUACCGAGAUGUAUGAAACAUAAGAGGCCAUUUUUGUCUUUUUUUUUGUUCAGAUGGUAAUUUUGUAUUCUCAUGUUAAGAGUGUGUGUGUGUGUGUGUGUGUGUGUGUGUGUGUGUGUGUGUGUGUGUGUGUGUGUGUGUGUGUGUGUGUGUCCCUUCUCCAAACAGGGACUUGAUCUGUGUGUGUGUGUGUGUGACGAGAGAUGUUUUGAAUGAAUGAAUGAGACAGAGAGAGAGAGAGAGGGCAAUUGCACAACACAUCCUUUCUCUCACCAGCUCUUCAUCCCCAGAUAGACGAAAUAGAAAUGCAUACAUUUGUAAAUGUUAGCUUUGCGCUCAUCACGUGAUGACCACCACUAGUUUAUUUCCCUUAGCCCCUCCCCCACGGGGAGCUGUCUAGACCUGUGAGGACUAGCAGGCGGGGCGAAUCAUGAGGGACAUUACUGUGUGCAUCGGAAUGAGACUGCGUGUGUGUGUGUGUGUGUGUGUGUGUGUGAGGGUGCAUGUUCAUUUUUCUCUUCAUAGAAAUGAGUUUAAGACUUACAGGUACUCAUUUUUUGAAUACAUGCUGUUUUUGUAUGCGUAUGAAUGCACAUUUGUGCCUAAGAACUUGGAUCGGGUGCGUGGCCAUUGAGACAUUAACUCUUCUUUCGAGAGCGAGUGUGACGUGCGUCAGUGCUCAGCACAGUGUAUGUAAAGUAUGCGGGGUUUAUAUAUCGUAGAUAUUUCUAGUUCGGUCUAGGGGUGAUCCAUCGGAAGGUUAGUCCAGUCUGUCGUCCGGGGGUGCGAUCACGUUGCCUUUUGUCAGCUCUCGAACUUGUGAAUGAAAGACGUCGAGUUGCUGACUGAAAAGAAAAUACAAAACAGCAUCUUAAUGUGCACGAGCACAGAGCGGUGCAUGACAUGUGAGCAUAUUGUGUUACUUAUUCGUUGUUGCAAUUUGAUAAUGACGAGUUUUCUUUUUUUAAUGAAAAAUAUAUAUGAAUAUAUACAUUAUAUACAAAGUUUAAAAAGUAUUUCGACUAAGAUAAUGAGCACUUGGGGCUGCUAUUUUUUUGUUCGUGUGUUUAAAUUUUUUUUUCUUAAUUUUUUUGUUCUCAUUUUAUUUUCAUUAUCGCCAUGUGAAGUGUGUAUUACUUCUUAAGAAAAUAUUGAAUGUAUUCCAAAAAAAUGACAAGAAACCCGUGCUGAUUGAUACCAGAUUUUCAUUUUUUUUUCUCAGAAGAUUUUUAUAAAAAAAAUAGAAACAUACAAAAAAGCUUCAAAGAAUUCAGCGAGAACUUUAAAAAAAAAAAAAAUGACAUUGGGGAAAAAAGAAGAAGAAGAAGAAACAAACUCUGGAUGGAUACAGUUGAACACACUGCCUCUACAAUCCUGGUCGGACAAAUGGUGACUAAGAAUUCAAAGAAAGGAUCUUUCUAUUCCGUACUGGAGCUUUGGUUGUUUACAAACCACAUGGAUCUCUGUGGGUGCAGUUUUUAUUUUCAUUUUUCUUUCCCACAUAAGACAGGUGGGGUUUGCAAGUGCGCUUCUGCCAUAUGGACAUUGAGUGGUGUUUUAUUUUUUUUAUUCUUGAGGAAGAGUGGCAGGUGUCACAAGACCACGGAUAAGAGCCCCUAACCGGACCUUCUCUUGUGUGGUUGUGGAUCCUGAGACUUGAUCAACCAAUGGAGCCGAGGCGGGAAAAUCAAGGAUGGGCUCUGUUGUUGUUUUUGUUGUUGUUGUGGAGAACGGAGUGCAGAGCUGCAUUAACCCUUGAGGGAACUGAGGGCGACACGAGUUCCCCUCGACCCUCGCGAGCGCUCACACCCUGCCAACUCACCGACUCACCUAUGCACUUUUGUUCAUUCAAGCUGUGAGGUACCAUUCUGGGGAUGGGAGCACAAAUUACAACGGGAGGAUCGCUACGACUUUGACAAAGUCACCGAUGACGAUACCCCCCCCCCCCCCCCCAACUGAAAUAAGAGACUCGGGGGAGGGGGGGGGGGCGCGUCUCCUCCCACCUCCCGUCUGUAUAUAACCAUAUUUUUGUAUUAUCUUUCAGAGCAGAACGAAAAAAAAAUGUGCAAAUGAUGAAGGAAGAAUUCACGAGACGUUGAUUAUAUGGAGCGAAUGUCCUUCGAGGAAAGAAAAAAAAAACAAUCUUUUUGAAUAUAGUUUGAGAUAGACUCACUGUGAGUUUCCCUUUAGUUUGCCAGUAACCCUGAAAUAAUCGGGGACGGAAGGGAGAUUUAAAAAUAGAAAAUUAAAAAAAAGAAAGAGGACUGAGGCGUCGGGCGUGCUUCAGCGGCUCCAAGACUGACUGAUAGUUAAUUAUCAAAACGGAAGCUGCGGUCGCGACCAAAAGCCCGGCCCAGAGUGUUUUGAUCAAGAUGCACAGGGGGGAGGCGGCGUGGGGUUGAAGAGCUUUUGGCGAGGAAGCUUCCACUUCCUCUCCCGACCCGACGGCCGCCUCGAGUGACAGCCGGGGAAGAAGCUUUGGCGAUGGAGUCUGGCUGUGCUUCAUCUGCUGCCGUGCGCGAGGACGAUCUGACCUACAGCCAACCAGUUGACCCCGAACCUAUCGUUCGAACUUCAACCCGGCGGAACUUUUCUGUCUCGACCUCGGACCGGACCGGCCAUCGGCAUCAUCAGUUUGGAUAGUUACCGGAUGACGUCAGCGGGUCCACCAACCACGGAUUUGAGAGUUCAUCGAGUAGGAGGAGAGAGAAUCAUCCCGCCGCCGCCAUCUGGGCCUGAAACACUUUCGGGUGGCCGUGUGGACGACGUCACCCCCCCCCCCCCCUCCCCGAGAUGUCCGAGACUUGAGAGCGGGGAGGGAUUUGGGUUUUGGUGGACGUGGCUGGAUUACAUCACCAGAAGCCUCCGGCGGCUGUGGGACCGGAGGAACUGAAAGAAUUGUACAAACAGACAUUGAACCGUGACGAAACACACACACCCGCAGCGACAUGCCACAGAUUCCACAUUUCAAAAGGAGUUACAGACACACACACACACACACACAGGGCAAAAGCAUCGUACACUCAGUUAGUGGCUCUCCUGUGGAACCACGUCUCAUACAUAACAGGGCUACACCGAUAUCAAAUCACACACGCGCGUCAAUAUAAACGCUGAGCUGUGUAAAUAAUGUAAAUGUUUGUGUUUUGAUUUCUCCUCGUAGUGGUUUUGCUUUAUUUCUCUGUUAAAACAUGCCUUAAAUUGUAUAGUUCAGUCCUGAACGGCGGCGAACUGAAAGUGUCCGUUAAAUUUAAGUUGGAAACCACCUCCCGAACCGUCUCAAGUGAAAAAGACGGGGAGCUUUCGACAAGUCUGUUUACUGCAGGCGAACGGGACCGGCAGGAAGCGGCCUCCGCCUGGGCUGAUUUUGCCAGUGAGCUUUUGUUGCCCUUUUGGUUUCUUUAGUUUUGGUUUCUUUGGUUUUGUUCAGAUUUCCUGUUUGAUUGUUGCUGAAGCUGCAGGCCGGAGGGCCGGAGCUGAGCUGACAGGGAGACUCGAAGUGGUGCCGCUCUACGUGAAACUAAACCAGAGCGACGGGAUACAAAUUGGGGCUUUUUGGUUGUCGUUCUUUUUUUCCUUUUCUUUUCACACUCCGGGGGGACUUGAAUGUCUUAGAAGCAAAUAGGUACUUUUUUUAAAAACUUUUUUUUUUACAGUUUUGAGAUGUCCGAUCCGGCCUUUCGGAAGCAUGCUUUGUAGUAUCUGUGGGUUUGGACACUAAACCUUUUGAGCCGGGGUCAAGCGUGCUGCAGCCUUGCCGGUGCGCCGGGUCGUGCUGUCGCCUGCUGGCCGUUAGUGGUAGUGCUGAAUAGAUGAGUUGACCAGUCGGUCGGGUUUCAUCUUAAAAGUCGACGUCCUGAACAUUUUGGAAAGUGUCUUGUUCCACGUAUAUAAUUGUUUUGAGAGAUGAAUGCUUUUAGUCAACCAGUUUAUUUUUGUAUCGCCGAUAUCUGAACAAUAUGCAGUUUUUAAUCCAAAUGACGGCUGAUAUUCAAUGAAUAUCUUCCAUCUUAGACGUGGAGUACACUUGUACAUUUGUUUGGCUGGGGUUCUGGUGGAUCGGUACCGGCCACAGCCGACUGAACUGAAGUAGCAACAGAAGACUCCAGUACGUCUUAACUGUCGAAUGUACUACGUUUAAUGUUGUGAUCAGUUGCCAAAACAUUGAAUAUACUAUCAAGUCUCUUAUUGGUGAAUAUCUUUAAAGGAUCCCUAUGUUUGACAUUUUUAAUAAGCUGAUGUUGCGUAGUGUUAGUUUGUGGUCAAUCGGUCUGUCAGUCUUAGUAAAGUAAAACAAGGGUGUUUGCAGUUAAUUUGCACUACACAUGCUUUUAUGAUCAGAUAAAUGGCAAUGUUGUGUUGUCCAAAAAGCCCCGGAUGUUUGUUUGCCGUCUUAGAAAAGAUCCCGUCACGGCCCGUCCACUCAAGGUCAUCUGGUUUAUUUUACUAAAUGUGGUUCCAACAAUAUCGCCCGAAAUGACAAUGCAAUUUGUAUCCCUGUCAGCUCAGCUCCUUCGCCUAAUAAGUCUUUGAAUGUUGUUAAAAAAUAACAGCAUCAUAAAACUGUUUAGGAAAAGAACAACUGAAAGAUGUGUAAAUAGUUUGGCUUUUUUGUUUUCUUUUGUUUUGUUUGAAGAACAAAAUAAAUACUAAAUAAAUAGCAUUUAGCAGUGA